CUUUUUUUUUUCUUCUCAGUAAAUUAUAUAUUUUAGGGGGGAAAAUGUAUUAUCUCUUAGUUAUCGUCUUUGGAUAUUUUGUCUAUGGUUUGUUAGUUGAGGUGAAGGUUUAUUUUGAGAGGAAAGCAAACGCGACACCUGUUUACAAUUGCUGUGAACAUGAAGACAGGCUGCUGAGGAGAUAUAGGUGGCUUUCGAGCGAGUACCAGCGUCUCGAACAACCCCGGAAGAACGUCUGGGCCGAGACGAUGGUCGGUGAGAUGAAGUCGCCGGGAGCCAGCGGUCAGUACCUGCCUGGAUUCCUGCUCGGCGAGCCAGAGGUGAACCAUGAGUUCCUGUCCCGGAGCCAAGCCUCACCUGAGAAGAUGAACGUGUCACCGCGCCACGGUGAGAGCCCUCUCCAGAUAACGUCGUUCAGGCCGCACUACAACCACGGGAGCAAGAUGGUCCUGAACGGGCCCCCAAUAUCUUCCCUUUUUGAUGAGGAGAUGAAGGCGAAGAACGCGGAGGUUACAACAGACAGAACAAUCGGAGCCACACCCGACAGGAUGGACACUGUCGGCAACGAUGCUGUGGACAGUGAAGGACACUGGAUCGUAGUUUAUGGCUUUCCACCAUCUGCCAGUGCUCAUGUUUUGUCUAUUUUCUCUCAACUUGGGCAGGUGAUGGAACACUCAUUCCCGACGUCUGGGAACUGGAUGUUCCUGAAGUUCGGCAAUAGGGGAGACGUUCGGAAGGCGCUGGGUUACAAUGAGCGAAUCAUCAAUGGCAACAUAAUGAUCGGUGUUUCCGAACGGAAAAAUAUAAACCAGAUGAGGCUUUCCUGCCCCACGUCGCCAGCAUUCAACAACAGCGUCACAGCCCAAGCAUUCUCACCUACUUCGCCUAAAAUACGCCACCUGAGCCUGUCGAGAAGGGAGAUGGCGACGCCGGAUCAACCGACACCACAAAAGGACACAAGCGUAGUCGGCAAGGUGAUCGAUUUCGUUUUAGGAUGGUGAUUUAAAAGAAAAAAAUUAACUUUUUCGUUAUGUUAAUUAUUCUCAACCGUUUUUGUUUGCCUUGUCUUCUCUCUUUUUAAAAUCUAAAUUAAACCAAAUAUGACCGAAUGAAUAUUAAUAAA